UUACGGGACAUUCGAAUUUUCAACGCUGACUCAGCGCUCGUUAAAAUUCGUUCCUUUUUUCAACGUUGAGGUAGCGCUGUUGUCAGCGCUGACUCAUCACACUCAGCACUCAACAGAUAUGCUGACUGCUACUUUACAAUGAAUUGUGGGUAAUUGGAACGACAUUUGAACGAAAAAUGGCGACCAUGAAGGAGAUGCACGUUACUGUGGAUGGCAAAAGAUAUCAUUUUGUGGUAGAUGAAAAAACUGGAAAAAUGAUGACAGAAGAUCACAAUUAUUUACUGGCAUGUAUAAACAAACUUCGAUGUGAGAAUGAGAAGAGUUCAUCUACAGAACAAUCAUCAUCUGAAAGAUCAGAAACAAAUGUACAGUCUGUACAACUUUCAGAAACAGAAAAAAUUGCUAAUGAAUGGACUCGCCAAGCAACUGUUCUUCUAAUAAAUACAAGAAUAGAAAUGGAAGAAGAAUUCCUCAAGCCAAUACAGAAAUCCAAAUUAUGGCAAAGGAUUUCUGACUCUUUGAAAAAAAAUGGGUACACAUUUCACGCCACAGAAUGCCAUUCUAAGUGGCGAAAUUUAAUGUGUACCUAUAGAAAAAAUGUAGACAGAACAAAAGAGUCUGGUGGGGGUACCACCAAAUGUGGAUCCCCUUAG